AUGGACUCAAAGGCCAAGGAAGAGCAGCCAGCUCCAUCAACGCCAGCCUCAGAGGCCGCAAAGCCAUCACCAAAGCUUCCUGAGCCCAAAUCUCCUAAAACAUCAUCGUGGAAGAAGUUUGAAGAGCGGCAAACACAAAGAUUAUUAGAAGAGAAGCAAAAACAGUUGAUGAGAGAACAACAAGAGAGGAUUAGGAAAGAACAGGAGACCAAGCAGAAGCAAUUGUAUGGAUAUAUUCCAUUUAAGGCACCGCCAGCACCAAUUUAUGAAGCUAGGCCUCAAUCAAAACAAGGGAUGGUCCCAGCAGGUAAGCAACUUACAUUUCCUAAAACAUUUUCAGCUGCAAAUCGAUCCGGAUCCGCGUUAGGAAGCAUUAACUUCCAAACUGUUCAACAAAUUAGACCACCUAGUGAGAUGGGGACAUGUAAGUGUUCUUUUUUAUAAAAAAAUAUUUUAACAAAAUAAAACAAAAAAAGAAGCUGCCUCAUGCUGGAAUCGAACCAGCGACCUUCUGUUUACUAGACAGACGCUCUGCCCCUGAGCCAAUGAGGCACACUCACCCUUUCUCUUUUUUAGAUCGACCUGUCUCUCGAUUCCAUUCCUUUUCCACCCUCCCACGUCCAGAUUAUCUUGAUGUGGAGAGUUUAUAUGGAAUGAGUCAAGCAAUGCCCCCCAAUUACAUUCAUGAUCAUGGACAUAGUGUUGAUGCCACAAGACCUGGAAGUAAACUUUCGUUUUCUUAUGCUGGGGAAUUCAAAAGACCGGCUUCGGCGAUGAGUGGGAUCAAUAUUCAGCCAGCAUUUGUGCCUGGGAAUCCUGGAUAUCCUAUAAAUGAGGAUCAGAUUCCAACGAAGGAGAUCAUCGACUGGAGUGUGGUCAAUUUGAGCAGUUGUUUGCAAGUAAGCCAAGAUUUUGAUGACUUAAAUUUUCGUUUCGAUUUUUCCAAUAAUUUCUUUUUAGUUUCUCUUUGGUCUUGCGAUUUUUGCCGUUGGCGCUUGUCGAAUGAUGUUGCGAGCCGAGAAUGCGAAAGGCCAAGAGCUUUUCUUUGCAAUUUCCGUCAUGAUUUCCGGGAUUUUCGGUUAUUUUUCGGUCAGAAGUCAGUCUUAUACGAUGGUUAUGUGGUGCUUUGUCCACAGUUUGAUAAACGCCGUCUUCACAUUCGUUCCGUUAUUCACGGGAGUCCUUGCUUUACUUCCAUAUUUGAACACGCCUAACAAAACGAUUAUCGGAAACACGAAUGAGCCAGUAGAAGUGGAUAUCACCCUGAUUGUUUUAAGUAUUUUGGAGGUAAAUUUUAAUUUUCAUCUCAUGUCAGAAGAAUAUUAUUUCUCAAAGAACUGAUGAUAGCACCGAAACUGAGCAUUCGAAUUUUCUUAUUUUAGCUUGCAACGGCCCUGGUUAUAUCUCUUUACGGCUGCCGCGCCGCCGGCCGAACAAUGCAGACAGUUGUACAUAUAAGACACAAACUUUUACGCAUGGAAACUCUCUGA